UGUUACUAGUAUUAAAAAUUUACAUUUAAUUAAAAAAUAGGUGGAUGUCAUAAAUUCUUCAUCUAAAUGUUUUGCUGCUGCUUUUAAUAAGUACUUGGUUUAUUAUUAAAUGUGUUUUUGUAUUUUAUCAGUCGCACUGUUGUAGCUUAUUGAGUCAUAUUUAAGAAACCUAAAUUGAAAAUGAUUUCUGCAUGAAAAAGUUAGACAUAUAUAUUUAUAUAUUUUACAAAACACGGAUAAAAGGAGAUCAUUUGUUUAGUUUAUAAAAAAUAAAAAAUCAGAAACUUUGAGUUCAUUCACUCCGCAUUCACAUCACACCCUCCUCUGGCUUUUUUCUGCGUCCCAAAUCGUUCGGUCUUUUCCUAAAUACUUCAGUAGGCUGCGGGCGCUGCAGUACACACUACAUAGUGACUACAUAUGAGGUUUGGAACGCAGCCUCAGGUUUGGUCACGUGGUUGGAAUUCGCUGCGUUGUGAACGGGGGUUUUAAAGAUGGCGGCGCUGUCAGGUACAGGUGGAUGCUGGAGGAGGUGAAGUGAAACGAAACUUGGGGUGUUGAACACAUUAUAAAAUUAAACUAGAAAAGAAUAAAGUGCGAUAUAUUUGUCCACUAUGCCGUCCCCGAAACCGGUGCGAGCCAGCAGCGGGCGCAGCAGCAGUGUUUCCGGAUCCGGCGGCGGAAGCGGCGGUCGCUACGAGUUCAUGUCGCUUACUCGGACGCCCCCGCUUUCGCCUUCCGCUCCUCCGCUCCUGCUCCAGAGGCAGGGCUCGGACCCUACCACGGCUCGCCUGCGUGCCUCCGAGAGCCCCAGCCGCCGGCGCAGGGGCUCCGCGUCCUCCAACGCGUCCACGUCGUCGACCGGCGGCGCGCCGCAUUCGGCAGAGGAGGACUGCAUGCACCUGAACCCGUCGAUCGGCAGCGUGGCGCUCAGCUCCCUGCUCGCGGUGGACCUGUGGCUCUCCAAGCGCCUCGGCGUGUGCGCGUGUGAGGAGGCGUCGUGGGGAAGCGUGCGACCCCUCAUGAAGCUUGUGGAGGUCUCCGGACACGGCAUUCCGUGGCUCCUCGGCGCCGCGUACUGCAUGUACAAGAGCGACAGUGCCGCGGGCCAGGAGGUCAUGCUGAACCUGCUCAUGGCUCUGGUGUUGGACCUUGUGCUAGUGGGGAUAGUUAAAGCCGUGGUGCGUCGCCGGCGUCCUGCUCAUAACCGCAUGGACAUGUUUGCGACGUUCUCCGUUGACCGCUACUCCUUCCCAUCGGGCCACGCGACUCGGGCUGCUAUGUGCGCCCGCUUCCUGCUGGCCCACCUGGUUCUCGCUGCUCCACUGCGCGUGCUCGUCAUGCUCUGGGCGGGCUUCGUUGGUCUCUCCCGGGUCCUUCUCGGGCGGCACAACGUCACAGAUGUGGCCUUCGGCUUUUUCAUGGGCUACUGCCAGUACAACCUGGUGGAGGCGCUAUGGUUGUCACCGGCUAUGUUGCAAAACCUGAUGACUCCGCUGAUCUGAAGCCAGAAGCAAAAGCAAUGACGUUGAGAUUGAAGAUAGAAGAAAAAGAUUUCGCUCAAAACUUGAACAUUUGGCACUGUGAUAGUAAUAAUUCCAUAUCAUCACUAAUGUAUAUUUUUGUGUGUUUUGAAUUUGCCACUGUUUUAAAUUGUGUAUGUCAGCUAUACAUUUGGGAGGUAGAUGUGUCUCCAGAUACGGGUUUAAGAGGAGUCAUAUAAGCUAAUUACCACGCUCACAAUCUCUCCUUAAAAGCAACGUCUAAUUAAAUAACUAUAUCACGUGAAUGUGUUCCAAGUUAUUACUUGAACACGAGAUUCUUCUUCCAGAUGUUUUUCUGUAUUUUUAGGAAAUUGUUUUGAGGGGGGAAAAUCCAAUAUAUUUUUUAUUUAUAGAAUGUAAGUGAGUGAUGGAUUAAGGUUCAUAUUAGUCAUUAGGGUGUGUUCAGUUAAAUUUUUAAUACUUAAUGACUCUGAGUGGCUCCUAAUACCUAAUCCCAGAUGCUGUGCGCAAGCUUCUCUUACAAUAUUGACUGGCUGAUCCCAGGCAUAAAUCUGAGAAGCAUGUAAGCAGGUGUCUUGAACAUCCCAUAAAAAUUUAACACUAAAUAUGUCAGUGGAUCAAAUUGGAUUUAAAAAAAAAAAUAAAUUGAAAGAAUUUAAAAAAAGUCAGUAUUUCUGUACUGUACUGUUUUCAUGGGUUUUAUAUAUAUAUAUAUAUAUAUAUAAUUUUUUUUUUUUUUUACAUUUUAGACCACUGAUGAUUUAUCAAGCAGGCCGUUUACUUUUACUACAUACUUUUAAUUUUUCUGUUUAUUUAUUUAUUUUAUUUUUAUUUUAUUUUUUAGAAAUGGAUGUUUGUUUCUUUGUAUUGUUUUUUUUUUUCUCCUUACUUCUGAAGUAUAUCCAUAUAUAGUUUUAUAUCGUGCUCUUUCUUCACAUUGACACCACUUUAUUAGGGACUCCUGUACACAGCACCUGCUCAUUCAUGCAGUUAUACAGUAAGUUUGACAACAGUAGUGUAACUCAUAACAUAACCCAACAGUGCGAAUAAAAAAAACUUGAAGUGAGCAGCGUUUCUGUCAGAGGUCGGGGUGUAAAGAGUGAUGCACUGAGAUCACAUUUUUCACUCAUCCUGAAGCUCUUGCAUGAUUUUAUUCUUCGUACUGCUGCCAGAUUUGAUUAUUGCAUGUAUAAACCGGUGUAGAGAUUAUAGGGUCAGUUAAAGUUGUAUUGUUUAUAUUUGAUACUGUAUGUUUUCAUGGUUGCAAUUGAUGUUAUUCAUUUAAGUGUCCUUCACGAUCAUAAUUAUGCAUGUAAUACAAAGAGAAUUUGUAUUUGAUUAAGUCAUUUGAAGUUUUCUACUAAAACCGACUAAGGAGUCUUGUUUUAAGCCGGUGCUCUAUAAACAGAGAAUAGGGAUUUCCUUAUGAAGGAUCCAGUAUUUACCUGUAGCACUUUUCUGCUGGUGUAACUUAUAAUAUGCUGGAGGUAUCUAAUUUACAGAAGCAUGCUCAGUGUAGUCCUGAUGUGAGAAGCCUCUGUAGCUCAACACUAACAAGUAUCCUAUUUCAAAUUCCAUACCUUUUAUGAGAGGUAUAGCAUCGCUUUACUGUGGUGUCGCAUGGCCUAAAACCCGCACAAAACCAGUCUCGUAACCGUUUGUGCUGCUUUUGACUGUUGUAACUUUUUAGGCAAUAACUGCUGUUUUCGUCAUUGCAGCAUUAAAGAUUGAGGAACAAAGGCUCACCAACAGCACUGUCAAAUAUGAACUGCAAUAAUUGUUUUCCUCAGUUGGGUUUAAUUAUAAGGGACCAUCUUUUAAGAAUGUAAGGUUCAUGCCCCGUAUUCACACUAACCUGGUUCACACUGGUUCCAUUUCUGUAGCUGUGACCAGAUCAGUGUGUGAUGUCAGGUCUUGUCUUUUGGUCUUGUGAUGUUUUGUGGUUUGUCUUCAUUUCUGGUGACUUAAAUACAAUGAUAUAAAUCAUAAAUGUGUUAAAAUAUAUACUGUGGAUGGUUGUUUAUGUAAACUCUUGUCUGUGUCUAAAAUAAUAUGCUGGGAAAUUUCAAAGUAAUAUAUGUAUUAUGUUGUAUGGUGAUUAUACACGUGAUCAAUUAUACUGUGAUUGUAUUUUCUAAAAUAAAUGCAGAAUUGACUGCAAUUCCAGUG